UUUAUCAUCCUACCUUCUGCCCCCUCCUCUGCCCUGCCUCCCCUCCCAGGAAAGGCUUCGUGAGGCACCCUCCUUUUGAGUGGGCAGCGCUUAAAGGGCACAGAUGGCAUACAGCAUAGCAAAAUGGGUGGCUUUUCCUACAGCCUUGGCAGGUGCAUCUAUUGUACAUGCUGCAUCUGAAGAGGAACCAGAAUCUCGUCGCAUGAAGGCACAUCAGCUUCCUAUUUAUAAUGCACCACCUCUUAAUUCAAGAUACAUUGAUGAAAAGCCUGGCCGCUUGCAAAGUAGGAUUUCAUCAGUAAGAAACACAACAAGUUACUAUGUCAAUGGGUGCAAGGAUGCUUAUCUCUUUGUCAAAAAUGGGAUAAUAUCAUCUGUACAGUUUGGAAAAGAUGCCUAUGUUUACCUGAAGAAUCCACCUCCAGAAUUCCUUCCCAAAGUUGGUGUGAUUACAGUUUCAGGACUGACUGGGCUAGUCCUUGCAAGAAAAGGAUCUAGAUUUAAGAAGAUUUGCUAUCCCUUUGGACUCUGCACAUUGGGCAUAUCUGUUUGCUAUCCAGCUCAGUCAGUAAUUAUUGCAAAGGUAAUAGGUGGAAAGGCCUAUGCUGCAAGCCAUAAAACCUAUGAAGCAAUAGGAUCGCUAUGGACCAAAAAGUCCACUACAGAAGUUCUACUCACCCAGGAUAAAGAUACUCAGCAGCAAGUACUUGGAGCAGUUCCAGGAACAGACCAUAUUGUCUCAGAAGCUCGGAAGAUAGCCCUUGAAUCAGAAGAAAAGGUGAAAUCAUCACAAAUGCAAUUUCAUGCAGAGAAGACACUUCCGCAGACAGAUUCUGUUCCUUUGAUAGCUGAAGCGAAACCGCCAAGUGUGAGAUCAGAUGUGUUGAAGGCAACAAAGUUUAAACCAGACCCCAGCCUCAUGGACCAUGGCCAGUCCAGCCCAGAAGAUGUGGAUAUGUACAGUACCAGAAGCUAACAGAGCACAAACUCCCAAAAAUUUUGGAUUACAAUAAUGAUGGGAGAUUAAAAUGGGGGAAGUUGUGAUCUA